AUGAUGUUGCUUUCUAUUUCUCUCUGUCUCCCUCCUCUUUAAAGCAAUACGGUGGUUUACUACGGAUCAGGACAGUGCUACCCGAGAGGAGAAGCGCGGCAGAGCCACAAUAAGCGACAGAGGGGAACAUUGUUCAAGUCAAAUGAGUAAAAGUGCAUCAUUUGCUCGACUUUUCAUGGGGUUCAUUCUCACUGCGACAGGUGUCCACGCCUCCUGUCCCAUUGAGUUGAGCCCCUCCAGUGUUGUGGUGAAAUAUGGAGAUCCAGUCUCAAUCAACUGCAGCACAACAGUGGACCUGGUUGAAUUAAUGGGCUGGGAGACUACAGACAAUCCCAAAACUUUGAACCAUUCUGGACAUUUGACCUGGACUGUGGAGAGCACAACAAACUGGAACAUCCAUUUAUCAUGCUUCUUGACCCCAUUACCAGAUGCAACAUUUGAACAGUGCACCGUGACACCAAAGUUUGUUCUCUAUACCUUCCCAGAAAAGAUCAGUAUCAGCUCCAGCAGUGGCUCUGAUGGAGUGAUGAAUGUAAAAGAGGAACAUAACUUCACAUGUCACAUCAACCAUGUAGCACCUGUGCAAAAUCUCACUGUCAGAUGGUACAAAGGAGAUAAACUAAUGCAUACAGAUGCUUUUAGCAGUCCUAAUAAGAAACCAGAGAAUCAGACGUCUGUCUACAGCUUUACACCGACCAGACAAGACAAUGGAAUCACAUUCAGAUGUGAAGCACAUAUGGACCUGGGCCCAGAGGGGCCUCAACUUAAUGUAUCAUCAGAAGAGAAAAGAGUUACAGUGCACUUUGGACCAGAUAUCAAGUGUUUAUAUUCCAUUAACAUACUGGAAGGGGAAACUUUGGAGAGUCAUUGCCCGGUGGAAGGAAAUCCGCGCCCUUCAGUCAGAUGGAUGAAAGAUGGGCAUGGGAUUGACCCGGGCAGCCCUCUGUACAGGGGGGAUGCAGGGAUGUACACUGUCAAAGCUGGAGGGGUUUCUGUCGUCAAAAAGGUUCUCAUCUUCUAUGGACCAAAUUUGAAGUGUCCAAAUUCCUACACUGCAGUGGAGUAUGUACCUCACAACCUCACGUGCACUGUUGAGGGCUAUCCUCAACCUAACAUAACAUGGUACAAAGAUAGAGAGGAAGUGUCACCUCCAGAGAACCUAACAAGAAGCGACGCAGGGCAGUACGUGAUCACAGCUUCAAACAGUCUGUCAAGCGACAACUGUACAGUGGAGAUUACUGUCCUGUACCCACCAUCACCUAUAGUUGAACUCGAAGACUCCGAAGUUGACGUUGGUUCUGACGUGUGGCUGAAAUGCUCCUCCAAAGGCAACCCACAACCAAAAUAUUCGUGGAAUUAUUACCAGACCACCAAUGUGUUGGAGGAAAGUGAAGAUGGAGUGUCCCGUCUGUACAUACACAAUGCUACUGCGUACAACAUGGGCUCCUACACAUGUCACGCCUUAAAUGAGAGAGGAAAUGUCUCUAAAACAGUCAGAGUCACUGUAAAAGGUGCCAAGCAAGAAUGCCCAAUCAAAAUAACUCCAGACAGGAUGGUGAUAUCGUUCAAUGGAACUGGCCCAACAGCAACGUGCAAACAGACAUCCACCACCACCACAAAUGUCAAAGAAAUAUAUUGGGACGUUGACGGGAGCAGACGUACUAACAAUGAAAGCUGGAAUGCUGACACCCAUGAAGACUGGAACGCAGAUCCUGUUUGUAUUGCUACAUUUGAGGGACUAGGAACAUGCCGUAAACCUCUAAACUUCACCCUCUAUAAAACACCAGACAGCGUCCUCCUGCAUCCGUGUCUCCAACUUGACCUCAGUGAAAGAGGGCGAAGCGUUCCCGCUGCAGUGUGAAAUUAUCAGCGUUGCUCCUGCACGCAACCUCGUUGUGCGGUGGUAUCAAGGGAAUGACACCCUCGAACCCUCUGUUCAAGAUUCAGUGCGAGUGACCAGCUGUUUCGGGAACUGUAACAUCAGCGCCACCCGCACUCCGGUCAAUGUGUUGUAUACCAUCAGUGUCAAUCUGAGCAGAGAGCAAAACGGAGCAGAGUUAAGAUGCGAGGCUUGGAUCGACCUGGGACCUGAUGGACCACAGCCUUCUGCUAGGGAUAUGUCCAGUCCUCUCAACAUCACUGUCCUCUAUAAGCCCAUCAUUAACGCCACGAAGCUUCCAAAGACAGUCCCAGUGUUCAGAGGUUAUCCAGAGGAGCUCGUUUGUGAAGCUGAUGGUAACCCACUUCCAAAGAUCCAGUGGUUCUACAGCACAGAUAAAGUGUCCAUCAUGUCUGUAA